AUGGAUACAAACGAUGAGUACAAGAGAAAUCAAUUUCAGAUAUAUAAUUUACAGGAAACAAUAUUGAACUCGACCAAAAGUGCAAAACAUCAAUUAUCUAGUAAUAGUACAAAUAAAGAAAAUGUACUCUUAGAUGAGAUCGAUGAACAGAAUGAUGAUAUUGUCGUUGAUUCAACUUCUGUGCUUAAAUUUGUAGCGGAAAAGUAUCCUAGGCAAGAAAACGUAAUAUGUUCUAUGUAUUAUCACCCAUUCCGCACUGGUGUUCUUAAUGAAAAAAGAUAUUUUGAUAACCAACUACUGUUUCCUUAUAAUAUAGACCAAUUAGGGACACCGGCACCAUUUCUACCACCUUUGGGAGAUGCAAAGAUUAACAGCUUGAUAACAAUCCAUAUAUUAUACGAGGACCUGACAAAUAAAUUUAAUAUGAACCCAAGAUUGGAUAAUAAUGAAUUGUGGGGUUGCCAAAUAUAUACAGAUGAUUCAGACCCUAUCUUAGUUUUAAAGCAUUCCGGUGUAUUAAGAGACACGACUAAGACCACCGAUUCACAUAGAGACCCGGCUUUAUUAAAUAGAACUCCAGGUAAUUUAAGAAAUACUGAUGAUGUUACAGAUUCUCAUUCUUUAUUGAAUAAUAAAGAUGACAUUCCAUAUGAUAUUGAGAUGACAAUACUGAUUCUACCAUGUUUACGGGUAUAUUCAAGUGUAAAACGAUUUGGAUUAACUUCACGUCAAUGGGGCGAGGAUUUAAGUUCGUUAAGCAAUACUUCAGAAUAUGAAAAUGAAGGCUCACCCUCCUUACCAGAGUUAGAAUAUUCUACAGCAGCACAACAACCACUUUCAAUGACAGCCACUCAUGAUGGUCUGAGCUAUUCAAUUUAUUCAAUUAAAGUAGUUCCUAGAAAAACAAAUGAAGAAACUACCAAGUCAGCAACAAUCAAUGAAAAAGAAUUACCAAUUGUAUCGAAGAUUGGGUCUAACUGGUUUAACCAAAACUAA